GAGAGUAAAACUAGUCUCACAGACGGUGUAAACCUAGCUUGCAUUCCCUUCUCACGGGUCCCCUGUGCAACACUUGGUCAGCUCUGCUUCCCGAUGAUAGGAGGAGCCAGCACUGAAGGAUUGAAAAGUAACAUCACUAUGAACACUUUGGCCACCACAAGCCAGCUGCACCUCUGGUGACUUUGCUGACAUCUGCUCAAAACCCAAAAAGUCAGAAGGAUAAUGAGACCCCACUUCUGCAGUCUGUAUUCAUACUGAAAAUCAAGACCAAGUGAACUGUUGCUCUUUCACAUGCUUCUGUGUCUGAAAAUAAGCAGCAUCCUGAUGUAGCGGGAUGAAAUGUCUAUCUCCUAUGGAGGUACCUUUGAAACCAGGCAGAAGUCUUAUGGAUUGGAUUCGACUAACUAAAAGUGGAAAAGACUUGACUGGUUUGAAAGGAAGAUUAAUUGAAGUGACUGAAGAAGAACUUGCUAAACAUAACAAAACAGAUGAUUGCUGGAUCUGUAUAAGAGGGCUUGUCUAUAAUGUCACUCCGUAUAUGGAGUAUCACCCUGGUGGUGAAGGUGAACUAAUGAAGGCAGCAGGAGCUGAUGGUACAGAUCUUUUUGAUCAGGUUCACCGCUGGGUCAAUUAUGAGUCUAUGUUGAAGGAGUGUCUUGUUGGAAGAAUGGCACUCAAGCCUAUUGCCCUCCCCAAAGAAUCUACUUCUGCUUUAUCUGAAGAGAAGAAAUGUCUAAAUGGCAUGCUUCCUGAAAGUAAAAUAGUGGGUACUUCUAAAAGUUUAGCUCCAAGCUAUGAUUGGUUCCAAACGGAUUGUUCUGUCACAGUUGUUGUAUAUACUAAACAAAAGGGCAUGAAUUCAGAAAUGGUGAUACUUGACUAUGAAGAUUCUAGAUUGAGAGGAGAGAUCAUUAUAAGGGACUAUUCAUAUCUCUUAAAUAUUGAGCUAAGUAAUGCUGUUCAGGAAGAUAUUGCUGUACAUGUUGCUGAAAAAGUGGGAAAGGUGGAGAUUGUCCUGAAGAAAAUAGAUAAUAUUCCUUGGAAAAAGCUGGGACAACCCUUGGAGAGUCAUAAUUCAUUUAUCAAGCGCACAGACCAAGGGCUUUAUUAUAGAAAGUGUAAAUUGAUUUCCAAAACAGACGUCACCCAUGACACCAAACUUUUCUGCUUACUGUUGCCACAAAGCACGCAUUUCCAGGUUCCUGUUGGACAGCAUGUUUAUCUCAAACAAAUAGUUACAGGUAAAGAGAUAGUGAAACCAUAUACCCCAGUAUCUUGUUCCCUGCAAACGCAUUUUAAGGAACCAUCUUGCCAUGAUGGAGCAUGUCUAUUUUUAAUGAUCAAAAUUUAUCCCAGUGGAUUGUUCUCAUCAGAACUUGACCGCCUACAGAUUGGAGACUAUAUUUAUGUGAGCAAUCCUGAGGGUAGCUUUCAGAAGUCCCAGGUUCAAACUUUGGAAGAUUUGUUUUUAUUGGCAGCAGGCACAGGCUUCACUCCAAUGAUUAAACUACUGAAUUAUGUUCUGACUAACGUUAAUAGUCUCUGGACAGUGAAAUUGAUGUUCUUCAAUAAAACAGAAGAUGACAUACUUUGGAGAGACCAGCUGGAACAGUUAAUCCUUCAAGAUAAAAGAUUUGAGGCUCAGUUUAUUCUUUCAGAGCCAAGUAAAGAAUGGAAUGGCAAACGAGGGAAAAUAUCUUCAUCUCUGCUUUCUGAGUUUUUUAAAAGGAGCAAACAAGAUUCCAAAGUACUUAUAUGCAUCUGUGGUUCAGCACCUUUUACAGAGCAAGGAGAACGGUUUCUGAAGGAUCUUGGCUAUUGCAAAGAAGAGAUCCAUAGUUUUACUGCAUAAGCUGACGCAAUUUUAUUUAUUUACAUUCAUGAUUAAAUUUCAAUUCUUAAAAUGAAAGCCAUUUUGUAUGGCUUAAAAUUUGACUCUUGGUAUCAGAUUAUAUUUCUUGAAUAGAAUAUGUCUUUGGGGAAAAGGAUUUUGUACUGUGUUUUCUCUUGUUUUGUAUUUAUUUUUGCUAAAAUUCAACUAGGGUAAUAAUUUAUUGUAGAGGCAAGUACAUUUUUACAGUACACAUUAUAUUAGAUGUUAAAUUUUGUUGGUACACAAGGACUCUUCAUAGCUAUAAUUUAUCACCAUUGUAAGCACUGUUAUAUAAAAAUCUACUUGAAACAUUUAUUGCAUUUCUGUAUAUAAAAUGUCUUUUUAGCAAUACUGUCUGAAUUUAAAUAUUGCACUGUUAACUCAGGUAAAUGAUCGCUUCCAGUAUGUUCUCAUUGUUGAUCUCUGAAAUCUGUUUGACUGGUAAGUGAUCAAAACAUGUUAUUGACCUUGUACAUAAUGUUGCACAAUAAAAGAUAAAAUGCA